AUUGACAACCAGAGGUUCGGUAUUUUGUUGCUCGUAAUUUCCUAACCAAACAAUUGGUUUUUCAUGUUAUUUCAUGGACAAAUACAUAUAGUUACACAAUGUUUCCCUCCGCCUUGCGAUGUGUUUCCACUUUACACAAUUUGAGGCGUAUCAAAUCGUUAAUUCCAACAAAAAUACGGACUAUCCACACAACUGCAGGCUUACGGCAUGGAGAAUACGAGUGGCAGGAUCCCAAGUCAGAAGAUGAGGUUGUAAAUAUUAUAUACGUGGAUAAAGAAGGGAACAAAACUAAAGUAAGAGGCAAAGUUGGAGACAAUGUCUUGUAUUUGGCUCAUAGAUAUGGAGUUACUAUGGAAGGAGCAUGUGAAGCUUCAUUAGCAUGUACAACGUGCCAUGUAUAUGUGGAUUAUAAUUAUUUUGACAAGUUACCUCCGUCAGAAGAAAAGGAAGACGAUUUGUUGGACAUGGCACCUUUUUUGAAAGAAAACUCUAGAUUAGGUUGCCAAAUAGUGCUAACCAAAGAACUCGAAGGGAUGGAGCUAAGACUACCCAAGGCUACUAGGAAUUUCUAUGUUGACGGACACACACCUACACCACAUUAAUAGUGUUAAGAGUUAAUUAGAUAACAGGAGGUAGCGAUUUCUCACUUCGUUGUAACUUCAAGCAAAAAUAUACUUUGGUAUAUUGCACUAGAUGUGACUUUGUAAAUUCUUCAUUGAAGCAGCCACCCUAGACACGUUGCACUUUUUGAUAGAAUCGAAAAGCAGAUCUGUCAAAACACCAUACAAAGAAAAGCCUUUCGAUCAUUUUUCGACUGGUUUGCGAUUAUAAUGUGCACUUUAUCCAGACCCACAGGUCACUUUGAAGUCUAGCUAUCUUAUUUUCAUCACAAAUAAAAAAUCUUUUAUCCAGUGAAUAAGUAAAAUAAAUUUUAUUUUAUAAAUCUUAUCAAAAUUUUGAGUAGUGCUUAGAUAUAAAUUAUUACUGAAGAGAAUAUAAAUAGAUUAAGGUAAAUCAAAGAAGUUAAAGCAGUUGUAAAUAUUGUAUAUUAAUUGAUAUUGUUAAUACAAUAGGUGCUGUAGAGUUGUAUAGAUUGAUUACAAUAAAUGGCAGUUUUUCUGUAAGAAGAAAAUAAUAAUUGUUUUCUUUGAUUUUUCUAUAUUUCAUCCGGAUUUCUUAUAAAUGUAGUUUUUAUGGUAUCCCUAGCAUGAGAAUCUAAGUGUUUCGUCAUUGAUUGCUUAUAGACAGUCUUAUAGGUACAUUUAUCACAGUAUAUAAAAUUAUCCUCCUUAUUAUGUAUUAAUUUAUGUGUAUAUAAUGCUGACAGAGAUGCCGUAGAAUAUCUGCAGGACUCCUGUUCGCAUUUGUACGGUUUAUUAGAUUUUUCAUGAAUCCGUUUAUGUAUUUUGAAGUUGGACGCGUUGUUUGUAGCAUAACUACACAAUUCACAUUUAUGCAUUUUGAUUUCUGAAUGAUUCUUUUGGUGUUGAUUGUAAUGAGAAAGUUUAUGAGUUUUGUAACCA